CAUCGCUACGUGACACUAGUCCAGUACAUGGUUGCUUGUUACAACGCGAUAUAUUAUAGAACGCUCGCUCGACACUACACAAAUUGUUUCCUCGCAGUACUCGCAGCACCGACAUAAAAACGUAUAAACGCGACUGUGUCACGUUAAUUCCUUUAACGAAAACGUAUCCAAUCUGUUGAUGACCGUUUCGAAGUAUUUUCAUCGUAGUUGCACGCGAUUCGACACAAUCGAGCACCAGAAUCGAAAGCUGCGGAAACUCGUGAGAGUCCACUUUCCUGGAGCCAAGAUAAUCGGCGAAGGGACAGCAAGAAAGAUAAUCACCAAAAGGGAAAUCGCCGAGCUGCUCUUCGAAACUUGUACCGAUUGCAAAAGGAUGACGGCGAUUCCGCAAGGCAUGUUUGCAGCGUACAAAGUUCGCCGUAAUAUUGAACGCAAUUCUCUAAUGCGGAUGGAGGAAAGAGAAAAAACGGGCAAGGAAAACGCGUUCAACAUGAGACCUCCUGGGGAAGGUUGGGAGCUUACACCAGUGAAGUACAACAGCAAAUUGAUGAACAGCAUCUGGGGACUUUACAACCGUUAUUCCGUCCACAAUUUCAAGAAAAACACCGAUGGCGACGAAGGGGUGUUUGGGGCGUUCGUGGCGGUUUGGGGAAGUGUUUUUGAGAACCAACCCCCCGCCACGAACACGGUGACUGCAGUUGCGGUCGCCGAAAACAAUUGUUUCACAAUCAAAAAUGCAAACACUAUCUAAUGGCUUUAUCUGUCUUUUUACCUUAUAAUUUGUGCAUUUUUCCAGUUAGCUAAUGCCGGCUGCAGUUACUUAAGCCAAAUAUAUUCAAUCAUUAGAAGUUUAAUUAAGAAUUAUAGUGUGGAAAUUGUGAUUAAGAAACUAAAACUUACGAGAAAUCAUACAACAUAUGGAACUGCAGAAAAUUUUCCAUUGCGAUUGUACAUUCUACGCAAGAUUUGAUACAAUCCUGAAAAUUUAAACUUUUCUCUGAAAACAUCGAUCGCAUUGAUUUGAUACAAUUACUAUGGAGACAAACGAAGCAAGUGUGAUUUAAUUUAAAAAGACUGUCAUGAUAUUCUUAACCCCGUA